AUGGCUAUGGCAAAUCGUCAAAAUCGCGGCGCAAAACUGCCGCCAGAGGUCAAUCGUAUCCUCUACAUCAAAAAUUUGCCAUACAAAAUCACCACCGAGGAGAUGUACGAGAUUUUCGGCAAAUUCGGAGCCGUCCGACAGAUUCGAGUCGGAAACACGGCAGAAACGCGCGGAACGGCGUUCGUCGUCUACGAAGACAUCUUCGACGCGAAAACGGCGUGCGAGCAUCUGUCCGGUUACAACGUAUCGAAUCGCUACCUGGUAGUACUGUACUAUCAGGCGACGAAGGCGUGGAAACGAAUGGAUACAGAGAAGGCGCGCGCCAAAUUGGAAGAUAUCAAAGAACGAUACGGAAUCGGUGGAGAUAUCGAUAAGGAGAAGGAGAAGAUGGGACUGUUCACGCCGAGACGCAACUAA